AACUCACGGACAACGUGGUUUUCUCAGGAAUUACGCCCAGAUAACUCUGAGCAACUUUGUCGUACUACAAAUGGAAAUGAUAUGAUAGCUGCAGAAAAACAACUUUUAUUAAGUUUAUGGCGAUUUGCAACUCCUGAUUCAUACAGAUCAAUAAUUCACAGAUUUAAUGUCGCUAAAGGCACGGCAAUAAAUAGUGUGCGCCGUGUAGUUAAAGCAUUAUGUAUGCUUUCACCAAGAUUUAUAAAAUGGCCUACCGAAAAUAAAAUACAAGAAAUUAUAUGUGGCUUCUUUAAUACAAGUGGUUUUCCUGAUACAAUUGGGGCUAUAGAUGGAACCCAUAUAAAUAUUCCUGCACCUGCAAUAAACCCUGAAGCUUAUGUUAAUAGGAAGGGACGACAUUCAAUUCAACUACAAGCUGUUUGUGACCACACAAGAUACUUUACACAUAUAUAUGUUGGAAAUGUGGGUUCUGUUCACGAUGCACGUGUUUUUCGCUUAUCAUCUUUACAAGAUUAUAUCAAUGAUCCAAUAAAAUUUCCAAAUAAUACACACAUUAUCGGAGAUGCUGCUUAUACAUUGCAUAAACAUUUAUUAGUCCCUUAUUCUGAUAAUGGCCAUCUUACACAAUGCCAAAAAAACUAUAAUUUUUGUCAUUCGUCUACUAGGAUGGUAAUUGAAAGAGCGUUUGGCCUUUUAAAAGAACGUUGGCGAAGUUUAUUACAUGUAUUAGCAGUAAAUCGUGUGGAUUUGGUGCCUUAUUAUGUAUUAACUUGUUGCGUAUUGCACAACAUUUGUUUGCUACAUAAAGAUGAAAUAGAAAUACAAGAUAUUGUAACCCCUACAGCAUGAAAUAUUGCUGCAACGUUGCAGAAAUAUUAUUUUGCAAGAUUGGAAUAUUGCAGAAAAUAUUGCUGCAAUAUUGCAGCAAUAUUCCUAUGUCCGCUCCAAAACA